AUCCACAGAUGCAUACAAUCCAUACUUGUCCCCUCCGCCUUGCGCUAUGCUGUGCUAUGCUUCGCCAGGGCCGUACACCAGGCUAACUACCUGUCCAACUAAUCGAUCGUACUGUAGGUACUUUACAGCUCAGAUCCGCCCGAUAUGGAAUUCGCUAGGCUAUGGGUCUGGAUAUGGAUAUGGAUAUGUAUGGAUAUGGAUGUGAUGGAUACGGUGUUACACUCUAGCCAGCCACACAGCCUCACUGCGGAACUGUGGGGGUGCGCACGACGCAAUUCCACUGCUGCGGCGCAGAUCAUGGACCUUUCGUCGUCUCAUCGUCAGGUCAGAAAUUUUCCGGCGGUCGUUGUUGUCGGUUAUCUGGGCUAGAUCUGGAUCUGGGAAGACG